AUGGCCACACGGCGCCUAAGUUCUCGCAUCCAGCUCGAAUGGCGUGUCGACAGAGACUCCUUUACACCAACGAUCAACGAGAGACCACUCACGAAAACCACCGCGAUGAAAACUAUCACAAAUGCGGUCAAAGCCUCCUUCCUCGCCUCGCUGCUUCACAAGCCCGACCAGGGUAAAACUUUUAAACUAAUUUCAGGAUCCCCGUGCAGCAACCACUUCCUCCACGAUGGCAACUAUACCAGGUUUGCAGACUGGCGUUUCAUUCAUCGUGCGAGGUUGAGCGUGGUACCCCUACGUGGCCUGAGACGAUUUGGCAAUGCCAGCCAAACCUGCAGCAGAUGUCAACGCCACCGGGAGACUUUGGCGCAUGUGAUCAAUCACUGCCUGCCAAACUACGCCAUGAUCACCAAGCAACACAACGCUAUUCUAAACAAGCUAUACAAUGCAUUCGAUCGCAAAGGGCUAACAGUCUACGUCAACCAACGAAUUCCGGGAUAUCCACACAACUGUCAGCUGGACCUCGUCGUGGCCAAUGAACACCCCAAGACCACUACUAUCAUCGACGUCACGACGCCCUUCGAAAAUGGCGAGGAAGCAUUCAACCAAGCACGAACAGAAAAAAUCAUGAAGUAUGCCGAUCUAGCAGAACACUUCAAACGCCAAGGGUAUGACACCUUCACCGACGCAUUCAUAGUGGGGGCCCUUGGCGGCUACGACCAGGCAAAUGACAGCACCGUACAACGGUUAGGAGUGUGA